AUGGUCACGGUCAUGGCUACCAAUCUGACUUCCGUCACCGACCUCCCUCCGCUGCCCUCCUACACCCUCGUUGAGAGGCCUGACCUGCUAUCGUGGCUUCCCGACUUCUACCUGUCCGUCAUCGCGCCCAUCGCCGCCUACUGGGUCGUAUCCGCCAUCUUCCACAUCAUCGAUGAGUACGAUCUCUUCCCGCAGUACCGUCUGCACACGCCUGCCGAGAUCGCUCAGCGCAACCGCGCCACGAGAUAUGAGGUCUUCCGCGAUGUUGCCAUCCAACAGGUUAUCCAAGCCGGCAUGGGCAUCGUCCUCGACUUUACCGACCCGCCGCAAAUGACCGGAUCCGAGCAAUACGAUGUCGCCGUAUGGGCCAGCAGAGUCCGUGUCGCACAAAGAGCUCUGCCGGCCGUUCUCGGCCUACUCGGGAUCAAUGCUGCGACCGUGUCCAAGAACAUGGCUGUGUCGCAUCCGUUCCUAGCUGGUGCGCUCGCUGGUGGGCAUUAUCCAUUCCUCGCCUCGGGACUCGACGCAGCAGACGGAUCCUCAAUACCAGCAUUCGCUACGUGGGAGGUUGUUGUUGCAAAGGCCAUCUAUCACUUCGCCAUCCCAGCAGUUCAGUUCGCUCUGGCCAUAGGCAUCCUGGACACAUGGCAGUACUUCCUCCACCGCGCAAUGCACUCGAACAAGUGGCUCUAUACCAAGUUCCACUCGAGGCACCACCGUCUCUACGUUCCUUACGCUUACGGUGCGCUGUACAACCACCCAGUCGAGGGGUUCCUUCUCGACACGGCCGGCGCGGGUCUUGCAUACAAGUUGGCGGGGAUGACUGCGCGACAAGGCAUACUGUUCUUCGUCUGCUCAACAAUCAAGACCGUUGACGAUCACUGCGGAUAUGCGCUUCCCUGGGAUCCCCUCCAACACAUUACCGGCAACAAUGCCACAUACCACGACAUCCACCACCAGAGCUGGGGAAUCAAGACCAACUUCUCCCAACCCUUCUUUACUUUCUGGGACAGGGUUCUGGGCACCAUCUGGAAGGGUGACACGACCCUGAGGUACGAACGGUCGAGGAUCAAUGCCGCCAACAUUAUGCAGGCAGAAGCCAAAAAGACAUCUGCCAAGGCUCAGUGA